AUAGCUUCAACAUUCCCAGUUUGGACCCCUCCUGUCUAGAAACCUGACAAUAUUUUUUUUUUUUUUUAAAAAAAAAACUUUAUCUCCCUUCAUUCCAUCAAGCCCUUAUGUUAUCCUUUUCGCAACGUUUACCAAUAACAAAUGAUCGCACUUACUAACAGAAUUCUCUGUUUCUCUCCCAGGUUCUUCUGAUUUAGGUACCCUACAACGUCUCUUCAACCCGAACAAGGAGUGUUCUUGUUUUCGCAUUAACCUGGCACCGAACUUUCUAGACUUGCCUUAGGUAGUCUACGCAGGCAUUUAUUGUAUUGGAAGAUUUUGGAAUCUUUCGAUUCUCCAAGAAAAAUCAAGGCGUGGUGCACGUUUACUGGAAUACCCAUAUUCCCAGGAGCGCGGGUAUCUCCUCUAAGUACUAGCUGUUACGAAAGUGACAGCAGAAAAUUGUUCCCAUGGUUCUCUAUAGAACAGCUUUGCAGCAAUCAUGAUGCUGGAUGACCAUCCUAUGCGAGCGAGCCUGCAAGUGGCUCCGCUCACGAUCAACAAGAACCGCUACGAUAACCGCUACGAUGAAGUAGUAGAGAACUCACAGGAAGGCGAACUAGCAACAUCCACACAUCUCUACUCUCAGUCCCAAAUAACGCCGCCUUCGACUCCCAAUAAUUCACAGGAAGAAUUAGUUCCGCAACCUACACCGGCAACCCCUAUCUUUCAUAAUUUUUUAAGAGCCUUAUAUCCGUUUCAUCCCACGUAUGCUAUGGCAGACUCGACAGUUACAUUGCCUCUGAAUGAAGGCGACGUGGUCUUGGUUCAUUCUAUCCACACCAAUGGAUGGGCUGACGGGACAUUGUUGAUAUCUGGUGCCAGAGGAUGGUUACCGACGAAUUACUGCGACGCUUACGAUCCCGAAGAGAUGCGGAAUCUACUUAAUGCAUUAUUGAAUUUCUGGGACUUGUUACGGAGCACAUCGACGAAUGAUAGAGACAUAUUUGGCAACCAGGAGUUUAUGAAGGGGAUUAUUGCAGGUGUACGCUAUCUAUUGGAGCGCACAAAUUGUUUAACCAGGGAAUCAGCUACGAUACAGAGGAGCGACCUCUUACGACGCGGUAGGAAAUCAUUGCUAUCCGAGCUUUCGUCUUUAGUAAAGAUUGCGAAACGACUUCAGGAAACCCUGAAAGGAAUACCGCGAUCUAUUAACGAUGUCAACGACAUUAUUGAUGAGAUGGUUUUGAAAGCAUUCAAGAUUGUUGUGAAAGGCGUUCGAUUCCUAGACUUUGUGGACGAUGAAAGGCGGUUACGCGCGCCUGCAGUAACAGUUAUGGCAACUGUGGCCGAGGAGUCGCUUGUCCCACCAACGCCACCUCUGGAGUCUACGGAGUUUGAGAGCCACCGGAGAGACGAAGCUGCAUCUUCCCGAACAGAUGUCGACGCAGUGGCCAGUAAAGGAUUGGCACCACCGGCAGCCGACGAGGUACAGGCGAAUGGAUCGACCAACAAACGAUUAUCAUCUGGCAUUUCCUCGUCCACUAAUGUAACAAGUAAUCGGAUGUCUCAACUCAGUUCGUUACACGGAAAUCGAUUAUCGGCUACUAUAUCACACAGGGUGUCUCUAGCCGGUCCUUCUCCUUUAUCGCAUUCCCAAAAUCUUGUUUCAGAGCGGCUCAACUCCUGCCACGAUACAUUUUUAUCGCAUCUUGGUUCUUUCAUUGGCCGGUUGCACGUCCAGUCUCAAUCCCGACCGGAACUUGCCCUCGCCAUCAAACAUUCGGUAAUCUCAGGUGGAGAGCUUUUUGCAGUGGUAGACACGAUAUGUGAUCACAAUAUGUCCGUUUCGGACGCGUUGGGGCAGUCGCGUGUAGCCAUGUACGAUCGUAUCAGAGAUUUGGUCUACCUAGCCCGCGAGAUUCUAGGUAACCGAGGGCCUAACGGUGAAGACGUUAUUAUGCCACAAGACAACAGCCGGCUCCUCUUAGCUGCUACCGGGUGUGUAAAGGCAGCUGGCGAAUGUGUCGCAAAAACAAAAUGGGUCCUAGAACGAAUAGGUGAUUUCGAAUUUGAAGUCGAGAAUGGAAGUUUGGGUAUCGAUCUGGGCGUUUUUGAAGCCGUAUCCGAUAGUCGGCCACGAACACCAACUGCGACAACGAUUUCGGAAACCACGGCGUCUGAGCCAUCAUCUAGGCCCAGUCAUUCGACUCACUUAUCUAUCGACAAACCACUCCCCAAGGUCCCCGUUGAAAGUACGCAAGAACAAGAAAGUGCCAACCGAAUGUCCCCACAAGCAUCAAGGCCACAAUCCAUGGUUAUAGAUGAUACGGCAUCGAGCAUGGUGUCUUCCGUCUCCUCUAUCCGACCCUCACCCCCGGCACUACCAAGACUUACUACCUCUAUUCCUCCAGAUGAGCCGUAUAGUCCUACAACGGAGAACUCGCAAGACGUAGAGUAUCAGAACUCCUUCCGUUCUGAUACGGGUACGGCUUCUAGUUCUGGAAGUAACAACACGUAUCUAAGCCGUGGCUCUGAGCUGAGCAUGGUCUCCGAUACUUCCACGCGUGCCACUACACCCGAUAUUACACUUGUACCGAGGACUCAGCCAUCCCUGUCAGACCUAAGUACGGCAGCAAGUUCCAGUAUAGGCGAGGAAGUAGAGGAACUCGAGUCGAAAUUAUUGGAGAAAACGUUUGCUAAUGAACUAAUGUUCAACAAGGAGGGACAAAUUACUGGUGGUUCACUCCCCGCUUUGGUUGAGCGUCUUACAACCCACGAAUCGACGCCCGACGCUUUAUUUGUCUCCACUUUCUUUCUCACCUUUCGAUUGUUUUGUACGCCUACCAAGCUGGUAGAAGCACUCAUUGAACGCUUCGAUUACGUGGGCGAGAACCCCAAUACAGCAAACCCCGUCAGAUUGCGUGUCUACAAUGUGUUGAAAGGAUGGUUGGAAUCGCACUGGCGUGACUCCGUUGACUAUGAGGCGCUGCCGCUUAUCCAAAAUUUUGCUGAAUUUAAGCUGGGAUCUCUUAUUCCUUCUGCGGGCAAGCGAAUCAUGGAACUCUCGCAGCGGGUUUCAACGGCAGAUGGUUCGCUGGUACCCCGUCUUGUAUCCUCAUUGGGGAAAACGAGUACCUCCACGUCUCAACUCGUCCCUCUCGAUGCACCGAUGCCUAACCCUACCAUAUCUAAAAGUCAGCAGAAUCUGCUUAAUAACUGGAAGUCCGGCGGCAGUUGUCCCUCGUUUCUUGAUUUCGAACCUCUCGAAAUUGCUCGCCAACUAACCCUCAAACAAAUGGGCAUCUUCUGCUCCAUCUUACCGGAAGAAUUACUAGGUUCUCAAUGGAUGAAAAAGAACGGUGCGUCGUCACCUAAUGUAAAGGCGAUGUCAAGCUUUUCCACAGAUUUGUCAAAUCUUGUGGCGGACACUAUUCUUCAAUACUCGGAAGUUAAAAAGCGUGCUGUGGUUAUCAAACAGUGGAUCAAGAUUGCCCACCAGUGCCUAGAGCUAAAUAACUACGAUGGUCUCAUGUCCAUCGUUUGCAGUCUGAAUAAUUCGAUCAUCAGUCGCCUACGAAAAACCUGGGACCUCGUAAGCCCCAAACGACGCGACAUGCUGAAGUCCAUGCAAGCCAUUGUUGAACCAGCCAACAACAAUAAGGUGCUUCGAGCACGUCUUCAGGGCCACGUCCCCCCAUGUCUACCAUUUCUCGGCAUGUUUCUAACCGACCUUACGUUUGUCGAUAUUGGUAACCCUGCUACAAAGCAACUUCCUGGCUCUGGUCCAAAUGAGAAUGGCUUAACGGUUAUUAACUUUGAUAAACACACUCGAACUGCCAAGAUUAUUGGUGAACUACAACGAUUUCAGAUCCCUUAUAAGCUAACCGAAGUUCCUGACAUGCAAGAAUGGAUUCAGGCGCAAGUCGCCCGCGUGAAAGAAUCCGACCAGGGCAACGUUCAAGUCAGCUAUUACCGAAAGAGUUUACUACUUGAACCUCGAGAAACUUUCUUGAAAACGCCAACUGAUAGUUCAACGCCUGCACCGGCAGGCCAGAGAGCAGACUUAUUUGGAUGGAUUUCGAGAGAUCGACACAACAACACAACAAUUUCCACAUAAUGGCAGCUCGUAAUAUAACGAGAUGGUCACUGCCGUUUACUGUCACAUGUUCCUCUUUUUUACGUAACUUUUUUUUAUCACACUUAUUGAUACCCCUACCGUUUUUUGUUUUAUUAUCUAGCCCAAUUAUGAAGCAUUUGGGAUGUAUUAUGUCAGGCACUGGCGUUUGCAGGCUAGGAGCCAGGGAUAGCCUUACAACCUCUGACGCAUAUUUCCCGGUCACGUACGUACCGGUUGACGACCUAUCCGCAAGGAUAUAACCUAUGAGUUUACGCUCAAUCAUUCCUCUGCAAGCAUUGGAAAAAAAAGGCCAUGGAGUUUGGUGUGCAUUCGAGCAGCAUUCACGGGGCGGGGAAAAGCAUUUGGGCAUUAACAUGGAUGUUGUGCGCGAUCAGGAUAUUAAGGGACGACACGAAUUUCCAAUUCCAACCAGUUAUAUGAGGAGGGAAAAACUAUUGUAUAAGAUACAGGUGCUUGAUAUGAGCUCUGAGAGUAUGUACUACCGUAGCUUUCUAUGCUCGGGAGGUAAUCAUAUUGAUCAAUGCAUAAUAAGAUUACAGUCCGUUUUAAAUCUGCUUUCAUUUUGCCUUGAGAAACAGAACUGAAACCUACAUUCUGUACCAUCGACUUGAAAUUGUCCCCCAUGAUGUAGUUAUAGGCAUAAGUCUUACCAUGCUAUUAGCUCGUCACCUAAGAAGCUUAAUAUACUUCAUAUGUGCAACCUC